UAAACAAGCUCCGGAUCUUCAUACAUCCAUACGGACCCUUGCUCUCUUCUUUUCCGGCCGUGUCCUAUGUGGAUCCCGCUUGAUCGCAUUACCAUUUCGCCUUGAUCCUGUCAUCCUUUAUCACUUACUCCCCGCCCACCAGCGCUAGCAUCCGGGCUUCUCUUUUUUUCUGUUGGUUCCUCGCGCGGCAACCAGGACGUAGAAAGAAUACACUCUCACCCCGAGACUUUCUCUACUCCGCCAUCCUUUCCUUCGUCUCCUGCUGGCUCAGAUCACUCUUUUGGUUCGGUUUUUGUUUACUUCUAGGUGCUCGCCGUUGGAUAAUAGGUCAUUUUUAAUAUUUUUCACAAACAACGUGUAAAAAAGUGAAGGGAUUCUAGGGCCAGAAGACGAUCGCUUGGAAAAAGAAAAAUAUCUGAAAUUUUAUCGUCGUUCGAUCCGUCCACUCGCUUCGAACGCCUUUUCCCCAACGGUCGCCGUCUGGAAGUAUACGGAAAUCGCGUCGCAGGUCGACAAUUUUUUAUUUAAUUCGAAUUUACGUCUUGGGUAGGACAAGGGGAACGAUUAAUCGUCGAUAUGCCUAUUCUCGAGUUACUAAAGAAGCAGCUUACUGCUAGUAAACUGAUUUUUCACGUCCUAUUCUGGGGUGUACAUUGGUUUUUCUUUGCUUUUGGAUGGUAUAAGCAAGAUGCCGAUCCCAAACUAGCAGCGCUUAACACCCUAGGAUUCUCUGUCUGGUUCUCGCGAGGUGCCGGUCUUGUCUUGGCGAUUGACGGAACAUUGAUUUUAUUACCGGUUUGCCGAACGAUAGUACGAUGGAUACGACCCAAGAUCCGGUGGCUGCCUCUUGAUGAGAAUAUAUGGUUCCAUCGCCAAGUUGCAUAUGCUAUGCUCUUAUUCACCGUCAUUCAUGUCUCUUCUCACUAUGUCAACUUCUUCAAUGUUGAGAAGACCCAAAUCCGACCAGUUACCGCGGUUGAAAUUCACUACACUCAACCCGGUGGUGUUACGGGCCAUGUCAUGCUCCUCUGCAUGUUGUUGAUGUACACUACCGCACACCACCGUAUCCGCCAACAAUCGUUCGAAACCUUCUGGUACACUCACCACCUAUUCAUCCCAUUCUUCUUAGGACUAUACACCCACGCCGUCGGUUGCUUCGUCCGUGAUACCGCUCUCCCCUUUUCUCCAUUCGCUGGGGAGCAGUUCUGGGGCCACUGUAUUGGAUACCAAGGUUGGCGAUGGGAGUUAUUUGCAGGAGGUCUUUAUCUGAUCGAGCGUCUCUACCGAGAGAUUCGUGCUAAGCGUACCACUAAGAUUACCCGAGUGGUUCGCCACCCAUACGAUGUCGUGGAAAUUCAGUUUGAAAAGCCCUCUUUCAAGUACAAGGCUGGCCAAUGGCUUUUCCUUCAGGUCCCUUCGGUCUCCAGCUACCAAUGGCAUCCAUUUACCAUCACUUCUUGCCCAUACGACCCAUACGUUUCGGUACACGUUCGACAAGUUGGUGAUUUCACCAGGGCAUUGGGUGAUGCGGUUGGUGCCGGUGGAGCACAGGCCAAGCUUUACGAGGGCGUCGAUCCUAUGGGAAUGUAUGAAGUUGCUCUACAGAACGGUCAGCAAAUGCCUAACCUUCGAAUCGAUGGACCCUACGGUGCCCCGGCUGAGGACGUAUUCGAGAACGAAAUUGCGGUACUCAUUGGUACGGGUAUUGGUGUAACACCGUGGGCCUCGAUUCUAAAGAACAUCUGGCAUUUACGCAACAGCCCGAACCCUCCCCGACGACUUCGCCGUGUUGAAUUCAUUUGGGUGUGCAAGGAUACUGGUUCUUUCGAAUGGUUCCAGACUCUACUUUCGUCUCUCGAAUCUCAAAGUAACGAAGCAGCUCGUAUUCCCGGCAGCAAUGGUGUGGAAUUCUUGAAAAUUCACACCUACCUAACCCAGAAGCUAGACAUGGACACGACGCAAAACAUUGUCUUGAACAGUGUUGGUGCGGAAGUCGACCCUCUCACAGAACUCAAGUCCCGCACAAAUUUCGGUCGACCCAACUUCCAACGAAUAUUCGAGGCGAUGCGAGAUGGAAUUUUGGACCGAACGUACAUGAACGGUCUAGAGGGUAGCAUGCAAACAACAGUUGGUGUAUACUUUUGCGGUCCUUCCGUAGCUGCUCGUGAUAUUCACAAGGCGGCCAACGCAGCAACAAGUAGGGAAGUGCGCUUCCGGUUCUGGAAGGAGCAUUUCUAAGUGUGUACAUAUUCAGCAUUUUAUCUAUAUAUGUCAAGAUUCCCACAGCACCAUUAUGAUAAGAUGCUUUACUACCGGUGGUAUUGCAGUCUUAGGAGACGGUAGACAGGGGGGAGAUCAAUGA